UAGGGUCUAUUUGCGUAGCAUUGAUAAGGAUGAUCACCUUACUAAAGACCCACCUACUGAUGAUACAAGAUAAACUUGGCUAAGGGAGGAUGCUCGAUUGUUUUUGCAGCUUCGGAACUUGAUUCAUAGUGAGAUAAUUAGUUUAAUUAAUCACUGUGAAUUUGUUGAGGAAUUGAUGGAUUACUUAGGUUUUCUGUAUUCUGGUAAAGGGAAUAUCUCCCGUAUUUAUAAUGUUUGUAAGGCAUUCUUCCGUGCUGAGAAAGAGGAUAAGUCUCUCACGGCUUAUUUUAUGGAUUUUAAAUGGGUAUAUGAGGAAUUUAAUGUAUUGUUGCCUUUUAGUUCUUAUGUGAAAGUUCAGUAGGCCCAACGGGAGCAACUGGCUGUUAUGAGUUUUCUUGCAGGCCUUCCUUCAGAGUAUGAAACUAUUAAAUCUCAAAUUUUCUCCAGUUCUUAGAUUUCCUCUUUGCAUGAAACGUUCACACGGGUCCUUCAUACAAAGAGUACUCAAUGUUCACAGCCUGCCAGUAGUGCUCUUAUUAGCCGUAAUCCAAAUGGACAACAGGGUAAUAGAAGAGGAAGUAGAGGAGGAAUUACAGGCAACAGAGGUAAUCAGCGUAAUGGGGAGGCUAGUUCUAAUCAGGACUCCAGAGGAGUCGUUUGUUAUUAUUUCCACGAGCCUGGCCAUACAAAAUAUAAUUGUCCGCAACUUCAGAGGAAAAAUCAGUGAUCACAGAUGGCAAAGAUGACAGCAGAGGAUUCUACAGUAUCUUCCUCUGAGAAAACUGUUUUGGUAUCUAAAAAGGAUUUUGCACAGUUUUUCCAGUAUCAGGCAUCUCUAAAGCCUAACAGUUCCCGUCACUGCGAUCGCUGAGUCAGGUAAAUCCACUACAUGCCUUGUGUCUUCCUCAUCCAAAUGGGUUAUUGAUUUUGGUGCGACAAAUCACAUGACAGGUAAUUCUAGUCUUCUUUCUGCUUUCAGUCAAAUCUCACUUCCUCUACUGUUACUUUAAUUGAUGCUUCUACUUUUUGUGUCAUGGGUUAUAGAACUGCGAACCUGACUUCGUCAAUUUUUUUAUCAUCUGUUUUGUGUCUACCAAAAUUCUCUUUUAAUCUACUUUCUGUUAGUAAACUUACUCGUACCUUAAAUUAUUCUGUUUUCUUUUUUUCUGACCAGUGUUUGUUUCAGGAUCUUACGACAAAGCAGAUUAUUGGUAGAGGACAUGAGUCAGGUGGUCUCUACAUUCUGGAAAAUCAUGUACCGCGGUUGCUUGUUUGCUCAAGUACCUUAACACCUCUUGAAGUUCAUUGUAGAUUGGGCCAUCCUUCUUUGUCUACAAUGAAGAAGCUGUGUCCUCAGUUUCAGUCUUUAUCAGUACUAGAAUUAAUUGACUUUGACAACACUGACAUGGCUUGGAGAAAAUAUGAUGCAAUUACUGCGAGGGAACUUUUCAAACAGUUUGGCUGCUCGGAGAGAAUUUAUCGGAAUGUUUUUGGUCCAUUGCUCCAAGUCGGUUUGUUUGCCCCACCAGAGCAAUGUAGUGCAGCUGCAACAAUUGGAAUGCUAUACUUCAUCUCCCUUGCUCACCAGAAAGAUUUUGAUAUGGUAUGGUGUCGUGGAACAGUUAGAGGCAAAAUUUUCAACCCAUGGAUGGACUCACUGAGGACUAAAGGCUGUCGAUUUCUGGACGGUGGAAAAAUGAAGGAUUUCAUCUUUAACAAAGAAACAAGUUGCAUUUCAGGAGUGGUUUGCAGCAAUGAGACCUAUGGUGCUGAUGCAGUAAUUCUGGCCGUUGGGAUCUCCAAAGUUCAAGAACUUGUCAAAAAUAGUGCAGCACUAUGUACACGGGAGGAGUUUCUGAAAGUUUUGAACCUGUCCGGUAUUGAUUUACUCACCUGCAAACUUCAGCUUGACAGAAAGGUCAACAUUCCUCAUGCUAGCAAUGUUUGCUCUACAUUUGAUGAUUCACUUGGGUGGACAUUUUUUGACCUGAAUGCGCUUCAUGAUGAGCAUAAAGACAGUGAAGUGACAACAAUUCGGGUCGAUUUCUAUCAUGCAAAUGAAUUGUUACCACUCCAGGAUGAACUUGUUGUUACAAAAGUGAUAUCCCUUCUCUCCAAUAUCAUCAAGGACUUCGAGAAGGCUAAAGUGAUUGAAAAGGAGAUUGCAAGAUUUCCAAAAUCCUUGACGCACUUCUUUCCAGGUUCAUAUCGGCACAUGAUGCGUGGUUCGACAUCUUUCCCAAACUUGUUCAUGGCUGGAGAUUGGAUUAUAACCCGGCACGGAUCAUGGUCACAGGAGAAGUCUUAUGUUACUGGACUGGAGGCAGCAAACCAGGUGGUAGACUUUCUUGAAGAGGGAAGCUUUGCUAAAAUAAUACCAGUAGAAGAAGACGAGCCUCAUGUCCAAGCUCUCCGGACCCUUAACAGAAGAUUCAAUGAGAUCACUGACCAAUUUCCAUUAUUUAAUUUUUUCCUACAGUAAGCCUGCCACUUGAAUUUGUGCUGCAAUAUAUAUAGACCCUCUAAAAAGUUAUAUA